AUGUGUGAGGAAAACGAAAACAAGGAUUCUGAAUAUAUCGAAACAACCCCCGUAGAAAACGGAUACAAUUCGGAACGUUUUAAGCAUUUGUGGUUUUUGUGCGAGAAUUGUGAGACCCUUAUAUAUAAGAAAUCUUUACUAGAACAAAAAGGUGUUUGUGCAGAAUGUGGAGCAACUCUGCAAAUGACUAGUUCAGAGCGAAUUGAACUAUUAAUUGAUAAUGGCACUUGGCGUUCUAUAAACACGAAGUUAUCUAGUAUAGAUGUUUUAGAGAAAAAACAUACGACGUUUGACAUCAAAAUGGUUCGAAAGGUCUCAAUUUUAUUGUACAAAGUAAUUUCUGGCAAAUAUUUUUACAAAGAAUUUUUUAAAAAUAAAUAUUACAAUAAAGCAUUGAGAAUAUUAGUAGCAUACAACAAUACUCUUGUUAAUAUCCUUAAGGUUGCACUAGGAUCGAAAUUCAUAAAAUAUUUGAAUUUAGAUUCAAAAGAAACUAUUAAGAUACUACAAGAUAUUAUUGAUACAGGGUUGAAAACAGCUCAAUUUGCACUAUUUGAAAUACGUAAAAAAAUAAAAAAUGAAUUCUAUAGGUUUGCGCUUUUAAAUAAAGCAUUUGAAAAUAAGCAAAUUUCUAGCUUGCUUGCUCAAAAUUUGGAAGAUAGGAGGGAUGACGAGUCUGAAAUCAUUUCUAUAGAAUUUGAUAGAAUGGCGUUUAGAGUUCAAACAUUCCUCAUUUUAGAAUCACUAUUGAAAUUAAAUACACAAUUAGCCGAUGUAAAAGAACAAUUACUAUCACAAGAUAAGUUCUUGAAAGCAGUGGCGACAAGCUUAGUGAAAAAAGAACUUUAUUUUCCGGAAGACAAAAGAAAAACAAGGAAAAUAAAAAAAAUAUUUCCUUUUUAUCCAGGAACUGACCCAGAGACAGAUUACUUUUUAUGGCUGCGAACACAUAUGGCGAUCUCUUUGAUGGAAAGAUAUCUGGUCUUGAAAGAAUUUAAAUAUUGGUUUAGAAAUCGUUAUUGUGGUUUACUGGAAGAAGAAUUUCCUCGGUUUGGUUCUGAUAUUCUAAUAGAAUACGUUAAAAAACAAGAUCGCUAUGAAUCUUAUAAUAUGAUAGAUCAUAUCAUGCAGGAUGAUCUACACACUAGUACAAAUAGUGUUGAGUUAUUUCAACAAAUAAAUCUCUUGUUCCAUCACAAGAACAAUGAAAAAGAUUGUGACAAUAAUUUUUUGUCGUAUACUGAAAAUACUAAGGGAAUUUAUUUCUGUUUACUAGAGAUAAUGAAACAGUUUUCUACAUUAACACUAGAUUCCAAAGAUAAAUUUCCUAAGAAAAAAGGAAGAGAUACUAAAGAUACUGAAGAUAUUGAAGAUAUUGAUGAGGAGGAUAUUGAAGAAGAAUAUCCUUUAACUUAUGACUCUUUAACUAAAGAAGAAAAAGAAUAUGUCGACGCUAACAUAGAACUAAUUAAGAGUACAUUUAAUCUAGGAAAGGAAGAAUUUAUAGAAACAGAAGAACAGUCUUAUCAAGAUUAUAACACUUCCUAUCAAAAAGAAACAGGUUUACCCGACGCUAUUCAAACAGGCGUAGGUGAAAUAAAUGGUAUUUCUGUUGCACUCGGAGUUAUGGAUUUUCAGUUCAUGGGAGGCAGUAUGGGCUCGGUAGUGGGUGAAAAAAUAACCCGUUUAAUACAGUUUGCUACUGAGAAUUUUCUUCCAUUAAUUCUCGUAUGUGCUUCUGGCGGAGCGCGCAUGCAAGAAGGAAGUUUUAGCUUAAUGCAAAUGAAUAAAAUAGCUGCUAUGUUGCAUACAUAUCAAAAGGAGAAAAAUUUACUAUAUAUUUCAGUUCUUACAUCUCCGACAACUGGUGGAGUCACUGCUAGUUUUGGUAUGUUGGCUAAUGUCACGAUUGUUGAGCCUAAUGCAUACAUUGCAUUUGCAGGUAAAAGAGUUAUUGAACAGACAUUAAACCAGAUAGUAGAUGAUGAAGAUCAAAUAUCUGAUUCUUUAUUUGAUUUUGGAAUGUUUGAUAGCAUGGUUCCACGAGCUCUUUUAAAAAAUGUUCUAAGCGAGACAAUUGAAAUAUACAUGUAUGGUGAUUGA